AUGGCAGCCACAGACGGGCAAGUAGUCGUAGCAGCUUCCCGCUGGUCGGACGAGGGCAACUACCUCCGGGAAUUCGUAGCAAAAAACCGUAUCCCAAACGUCGCUAAGAUCAUUAAAGGACAGUAUGGAGGCCUCGGUGUACCCACCCUUCCAAGUCCAGGUCUACAAAGUACUGCGCUGCUCGUGUCUGCUGGAAAGAGAAAGAAGAUUAUCGCUCAAGCGAUUAAGUUAAAAGAAGGUAGACGGAUGGUCAGCGUAGGACCAAGGAUAGCCAUACCUGAUUCUUAUAAGGGAUAUUUUGAACUGUUAAGUGAAGAAGGCAGGGCUGUCAGAUGCAUCGAGUCAGUGUCUGAACUAGCCCGACGAAAACUUGAUGAUGGAUGUCUCGUCAGAGAACCAGUCAGAGUCAUCUGUGCUAAAACAGAUUUAGAUGGUAACAUAACAGCUGAUGGGGCAAGAAAUUUACCAGCAGGGGAAAUUAUAAUGCCAAGAGGAGAGACUUUCUUAGGUAAGAAUAAAUAUCUAAAAUGUACGGAUAGCAAAGGUGAUAUGAUCCUUCUGAGUUUAGACCAGAGAGGAAAGUUCUCGGCAGUAGCUAAAGAAGAAAAUAUCAGCGGUGUUCACACGGCGAAAACUCUGCUUACUAAACGUUUACCAAUCACAGUUCGACUGGUUCAUGGAACACCACCGAGAGGCCUUAAAAGCGCAAGCCAUUUCGUAGCUGAACUCAGACUUAUAUCCAUGUUUGAAGAAGAUCACGUUUUUGCUUUACCUCUUCAAAAAGAAGGUAAUGCCCUGAUAGCCUUACCUUUAGCUGCGCCUCUCAAAAUGCAGAGAUGUAAAAAUGAAGAGCAGAUUAAGAAUUUCAUGGAAUUCUCUAGAUUAGUGGAAAAGUGCAAUCGUUUAUUAGUUGACGUAGUUGAUAGAAUACAAGUAUUGGAUGGAAAGUUGGGCGACCCCAAGAGACUUUUAAAUGGUCCUUUACAUGCACCUCCGUUAGUCAAAACUGGUUACUUUCUACGACGAAGUGCAUCAUCUGAUACUGCUAAUCAACAUCACAAACAUGUGUCUCGUCAUACUCACAUUUACAGUAGCCAUAGAGAUGAAAACAGUAUCCCUGAUGAAUAUGACGAGAUUGAUCAAAUUUACGAUUAUGUUAGAGGGUUUGCUCCUCUUCCUAAAAACAUCAAAGCAUCAUACUCGAAUGAGCCCACUCCGAGACAUGAAUCAGCACCGUCUUCGCCAGCAGCUACACCCAUCCAUAUGCCGUUGAUAACAGAAAUAAAGCCAGAACCACCGCCUAUUGAAACGAUCCCCACAAAGAAGCCAUUGAACAUUCAAAAGGCAGAAAAACGAACUAGAAGGGCAAUAAUUCCUGUCAAAGAUACCCCAGUCACUGUCUAUAAAGAGAAGUGCUCAAUCGCUCCAGCGCCGAAUCUGCCCAAACUUUACAUUAAAAAUAGUAUAAACAACAAUAAGAAUAGAAUGGUAUUCCGUCAAAAGAGUACGUCGCCGACUAAAGAGGCGCCUAGUCCAGUAGCUAGUCCAUUGAGACCGAUCAAAGGAGAUUCACCCAUCUUUAAUAUAAGGUAUAAGAGUUUGUCGAAUAUCCACCAAGCUAUGGAGCUGGAUGGAACAUUGGACUCCAGUCAUUCUGGUGGUAGGACUUCCGGAGACUCCGGUAAUGGACCGAAAUUGCCGGAAAAAAGAUCCAGGAAAUUGAGUCGACCUAAAUCGUUGACGAAUCUGGUCUGGGAGCUGAAAGGGUGUCCAGAUCCAGAUAAACCAAAAGCUAGGAUUAAAAAUGAAAGCUACAAGAAGAUUGGUAACAAAUUGUCUUUGGGAGCUCAAAAGAGGGUGCCGACGUUAUAUCUUUAA